AUGUCCAAGUCCAUCGUCAACAGCACCCCCUACCCCUUCCAGUUCAAUGCACCAACCCUGCAAAAGCCUGGCAAGGCUGGACAGAUCGUGGAUGUAACGGGCACUCUGAAAAACGUCCGCGGCAAGAUCCCAUCCGUCCAGGCGUCAGCUCUCCGCACCAUGAUGCUCGAAGCCCAUAAUGACCCUACAAAGAUCCUUGCCCACUGCUGCAGCUAUGACGGUCUUUCAUCACGGCUCUGCGAGGAAGCUGGUUUUCCAAUGAUCUUCCUCGCUGGAUAUGCUGUAUCUAGUGCCUACGGUCUGCCUGACACUGGUUAUAUCGCAAUGGCUGAGGUGUGCGAUAAGAUUCAGGAAACCGUGCGGCAGGUCUCUGUCCCUGUCAUGGCAGAUGGAGAUACAGGCUACGGUAGCCCGCUCAACGUUAAAAGAACCGUGGAGAGUUAUGCCCAUGCCGGCGCCGCUGGAAUCAUGAUUGAGGAUCAAACCUGGCCAAAGCGCUGUGGUCAUACCAAGGGAAAGUCUGUUGUCUCUCGUGGUGAGGCAUAUGCCCGUAUUCAGGCGGCUUGCGACGCUCGAGAUCAAGGCAAGGAUAUUUUCGUCCUUGCGAGAACCGACGCUCUGAUCCACGGCUGGGAAGAGGCCUUGAGUCGUGCCAAAGAGUUCAAGAGAAUCGGCGUCGAUGCCGUUUUUGUUGAGGCCCUUCCCGAUCGCGAGGCUAUGCGGCGAUGUGUAGAAGAGAUUGGCAUCCCCACAUUUGCAAACAUCAUUGAAGGAGGAAAGACCGAGAAUCUGUCAGCGAAGGACCUCGCAGAACUAGGAUUCUGUGCUGUGGCAUACCCCUGGACUCUUGUUGCUGCUAAGCUCAAGAGUAUUCGCGAGACCUUGGAAGAACUCAAGAAGAGUAUGACCGUGGGAAAGCCGCCUAUGAUUCUUUCAUACAGUGAAGUUUGCGAAGGUGUUGGAUUCAAUAAGUACUGGGAUCUGGAGGAGAGGUAUAAGUUCAAGGACGACGGUCUCGUUACUGACCCUACAAACGGCCAUGUUUAG